AUGCAGUUCCCCAGCGUCUUCCUGUCCGUUCUUCUCAUUUUUAUUCUCCCGGUACUUUAUUUCUUCCCCAAGCACAUUCAGAAUCCUCCCUUUUCAGAAUGUCUCGGUGGCUCAAUUCGAGCAAGUGUGCAAGUUCUGUUCGGGAGAGCUUUCCAUUCCGUCCGAAUGGUCCGAAUGCCAGGAUCUUCUGAGGGGCGUCUGCAGCUGGCUGAUCACCUCCCCGACCGUCUGCACUUUCAUCGUCAACGCCGCCGAUCUGAGCUCUUCCUAUUCGAAUGCCCGUCCCCAUUUGGUUCAGUUGAAAGACAUCGCGUGCAAGAAGUACAAGAACUAUUGCUGA